CCUUCCCUCCCUCCCUCCAUCCCUCCGCCGCCAAUCCGGCCGGGGAGGCGACACCGAGGGCUCCGCACGGUGCCGGCGGAGCGGGAGCCGCCGCCGCCAGCAGCAGCAGCAGCAGCAGCGGGGCACAUGGCAUGCCUGAUGGCGGCUUUCUCCCUGGGCACCGCUCUGAACGCCAGCAGUUCUGCCUGUACUAUGGCCGAGCCAAAGUCAGUGUGCGUUUCAGUGGAUGAGGUGGUCUCCAAUGGCACGGAUAACCAAGACGUUCGACUUAUGAAUGGACACUUAAAAAAGGUGGACAAUACUCUGACAGAAGCUCAUCGUUUCUCCUACCUGCCACGCAGACCAGCUGUAAACAUUGAGUUUAAAGAACUGUCGUAUUCCAUCCAAGAAGGGCCGUGGUGGAGGAAGAAAGGUUAUAAGACUCUUUUGAAAGGAAUUUCAGGGAAGUUCAGCAGUGGAGAACUGGUUGCCAUUAUGGGUCCUUCCGGAGCUGGGAAGUCAACACUCAUGAAUAUUCUGGCAGGAUACAGAGAGACAGGAAUGAAGGGAGAGAUUCUCAUCAACGGACAGCCUCGUGACCUGCGCUCUUUUCGCAAAGUCUCCUGCUACAUCAUGCAAGAUGACAUGCUCCUUCCUCAUCUGACUGUCCAAGAAGCUAUGAUGGUGUCUGCUCAUCUGAAACUUCAAGAGAAGGAUGAAGGAAGAAGAGAAAUGGUAAAGGAAAUAUUGACAGCCCUCGGUUUGCUAACAUGUGCCAAUACGAGGACUGGAAGUCUUUCUGGAGGCCAGAGAAAGCGUCUUGCCAUUGCUUUGGAGCUGGUGAACAAUCCUCCUGUCAUGUUUUUUGAUGAACCAACCAGCGGCUUGGAUAGUGCAUCAUGUUUUCAGGUUGUCUCUCUGAUGAAGGCUUUAGCUCAGGGUGGCCGGUCCAUCAUCUGCACGAUUCACCAGCCCAGUGCUAAGCUGUUUGAGUUGUUUGAUCAGCUCUAUGUUUUAAGUCAAGGUCAAUGCAUUUACCGUGGCAAAGUAUUAAACCUAGUCCCAUACCUGAGAGAUUUGGGGUUGAAUUGUCCAACCUACCACAAUCCAGCAGAUUUUGUUAUGGAAGUCGCAUCUGGUGAAUAUGGAGACCAGAACAGCCGGCUGGUAAGGGCAGUACGGGAGAGGAUAUGUGACACAGACUACAAGAGAGAUGGUGGUGGUGAGAAUGAGUUGAAUCCCUUCCUCUGGCACCGGCCCUCUGAAGAGGAUUCCUCAUCCACAGAAGGCUGCCACAGCUUCUCCGCCAGCUGCCUAACCCAGUUCUGUAUCCUGUUCAAAAGAACCUUUCUCACCAUCAUGAGGGAUUCAGUCCUGACACAUUUGCGUAUCACCUCACACAUUGGAAUUGGUCUGCUCAUUGGCUUGCUCUACUUAGGCAUUGGCAAUGAAGCUAAGAAAGUCCUCAGCAAUUCCGGCUUCCUCUUUUUUUCAAUGUUGUUUCUUAUGUUUGCUGCGCUCAUGCCAACUGUCCUUACAUUUCCUCUUGAGAUGGGAGUAUUUCUUAGAGAGCAUCUGAACUACUGGUACAGCCUGAAAGCCUACUAUCUUGCCAAAACGAUGGCGGAUGUUCCUUUUCAGAUCAUGUUUCCUGUAGCGUACUGCAGCAUCGUCUACUGGAUGACUUCGCAGCCAUCUGAUGCACUCCGAUUUGUCCUCUUUGCAGCCUUGGGAACCAUGACAUCCCUGGUGGCACAGUCACUAGGUCUCCUAAUAGGCGCAGCCUCUACAUCCCUCCAGGUGGCCACUUUUGUGGGGCCAGUUACUGCCAUCCCAGUGCUUCUGUUCUCUGGGUUUUUUGUCAGCUUUGAUACCAUCCCAACAUACCUCCAGUGGAUGUCCUACAUUUCCUAUGUCAGAUACGGGUUCGAAGGAGUUAUUCUCUCCAUCUAUGGACUGGAUCGAGAAGACCUGCAUUGUGACAAAGAUGACACUUGCCAUUUUCAAAAAUCAGAGGCUAUUCUGAGAGAACUGGAUGUAGAAAAUGCCAAACUUUACCUGGACUUCAUCGUUCUUGGAAUUUUCUUCAUCUCUCUGCGCCUAAUUGCCUAUUUUGUUCUCAGAUACAAAAUCCGAGCAGAGAGGUAAAGGAAAAACAACUAAAAUGAUGCAGUAGGAAGAUCUUUAGACAUGCAAUAGAGGGCUCUUGACAUUGUCUCACUGUGGCAGGCCCGUCUCCAGUGCCCAGCUAGAUGCUGUUAUGACCUAGCCCAUAGAGAACCACAUUGGGAUAGAGGACAUAUAGUGUUAAGCCAAUCAGUCCAGCUGGGUUGGGUCAUGUUUUUAUUACACUUUCUAGCUUUAACUAGGAAGAAGAAAUAGAAGGGAAUUUUACAACACAGAGUAUCAAUACUGAGAUAGUGUAACUGUAAUAAAAAAACUGGUUGUAGGAAAUUUCCUUAUGAAAACCAAUCAUGCGACAAGGUAAUGCUAGUCCUGGUAGCCAGAAUUGUAUGUCAUUAUAAGUGACAAGGUAAUGAGAUGCAAAAUGGAGAAUGCAAAGAAAAUAUGAUUCUCUCAUCUUUUUAAAUUCAGAGUUUCAUCUUUGCAGUUUUAUAUGUAUUAUUUUGCAAUUAUUUUCCACAGAACUACCCCUUCUGGCCAAAAGUCUGUAAAUGUAAUAAUUAAUAAGGAAAAUAUAUCUUUUUAACAUGGAUACUUUUUAAAAACAACAAAAAAAAAUCUAAAAUUAUUCAAGUCAUUAUUUUUGUUUCUGCCUAAAUUUAGAAUUUUGGUGCUUUACUUGUCGAGCUGGUCUCAUAUAUGAAAAUCUUAAUGUUAGGAGGAAAAGGCAGAUUCUGAGUCUGCAUUGAACCUGUGGUCUGUAUAUGGAAGUAACAAUAGAUAGCACAGACAUGUUCAAGCUACUGCUGAAUGAUUGAAAAUAUGUUCUUUUGCAGUGUCUUUUAAAUCCUAAAUGUUUGUCGUAUUGAAAAUACUGACUCUGCUCAUUAUCUGUUUGAUCUACCUCUUGUGAAUGAAAAGAUCAAAGUACUCCAAUGCUCAUUUUUUUCUUAAAUUAUGAAAGCAGAAUCUAUCCCUAAAGCCUGAGCAAGAUCUAUCCGCAGCUCAAAGCUUGGGACAUUGUGUUAAACCACUAGUGACUGCCUCCUGUGGCAGCAUUUAAAAUACCUGUAACACUCUAUGUGUAGGAGUCUCCACAAAAUAUGCAAAGGACCUUGUAAUAUUGCAGGGUUAAUUAUACCAAGCAGCUUUGAUCUCAUCCCGAAGUCUACAUGUGUGACAUGGGAAUUAACACCAGUGAAACCAUUGCAAGAGGCAUGCAUUUCUUCUGCAUAUCUCACCUUUGUAAACUUGCUGGCAGGAGUUCUGACUCCAAGUCAAUGUGACUUUUGUCACUGAUUUUCCUGAGUUUGGAUUGGCAACCCAGAAUGACAGCAUGGGACCAGUGCCCAUGUUGGACACCCUGGUAAACUUCUGUGUGAGUUCUCCUACCUUCUGCAGUUACUGUGUGUUUUACCUUAGUGUCACAGACAUCCGGGCCAGACCUACUCAUUCUAUAAAUGCAUUAUUCCUAUCGGGACACUGAGGUCUUGUAGGUUGGAAGCAGCUCAGUGACAGCAAACCACUCAGGAGCUCAGCAACUCGUGACAGAGUAGUUGAAGACCUUGUGCAUCUGCUGGUCACCAGCAGUCACAGCUCACACAGUCGGGUUUUGAGGACUCCAUGACCACACCUAUAUUAGUAAACUAAAUAGUUCCAGGGCCUGGUCUCUGUUCUUUAGGCUAGUUUUCACAGCCUGCCUUUGUCUGUCCUGUUAAUACUCAGACAGCUGGGGCUACCAGGAACAAUCCCUGCACUGUACUAACUUUUAAACAGUGCUGAAACACCAUCUGGAAAAGCUCAGGUUGUGCUGAGCUGCAGCUCUGCCACUUAGCAGUGAAGACAGUUGUUUUCGUGGCCCGUGCCCAGGCUCUAUUUUAUUUGCUGGUACAGACACAGACCGUGCGUAUCUAUUAAGCUCAGAAUGCUUGAAUUAAGCCAGUCUUCUAGACUGAAGUCAGGUCACACGUGUUAGGAAGGUCAGAUGAACUUUCCCUGGAAAUAUGUUGACCUGGGAAAAUAGGGUCAAUCUUUACUGUA